UGCUUGUUGUUGCAUUUUAUUUCUCCUUUGACAGUUUCUAACUAAGCACGUAAGUUUUGCCUUGCUUUUUGCAAGACUGAUUCUCAAUUUUGUGCUGUUAAUGUAACAUAAUUUUGGCAACUCCAUUUUUAAUGAACACGAUCUAAUGGCACACAAUUGUAAUUUUUGCGACUACGUGGAUCAAAGCGUCUUUCAACUCGAACAAAAUGAUUCCAGCAAUGAAAAUCCAAUGCUGGAAAUAGCAUCGAAACAUUUCUGGUUUACUGAAGAUGAACUUAAAUCAUUUUACAUUUGCAUCACAUGUCGGGACAAACUGGUGGCAUUUCAUCAGUUUUACUGCCAGGUUGAGAGGCUUCAUUCGUCGAAAGAAAGCAUCGAGAUUGAACCUCUAGAAAUUAAAACGGAGGUGGAAUGUGAUCAGCCCGACGAUGAUGAUUGUUUGGUAAAUGAGGCUUCCGCCAACAUACCUCAUCAACGCACCAUUACCGAUGAAGACUUACUAGAAAUAAAAACGGAAGUGGAUUGUGAUCAGUCGGGAAAUGAUGAUGAUUCGACAAAUGUAGUUCCCGUCCACCAACCACUUGAACGCCCAAUUACCGAUGCAGACAUACUCUUAUUCUGCGAGAUGAAAUGCCCUUUCUGCGCGGAAAGUUUCGAUAGAUAUUACCUUCUUAGAACUCACUGCCAGCACGUUCACAAUCAGAAGUGUCCCUACGUGACGUGCUGUGACACUCGGCAUGAUACUCUGAAGAAGCUUCAGGAGCAUAUUCUCGUACACCUUGAUCCGUACGCUUUUCGCUGUGAUUCUUGCGAUAAAAACUUCAAGUCAGCGAGAAAUCUAUCCAAUCAUAAGAAAGUGGUUCAUGUACCUGAUAAAACUUUCAACUGCGAAUUAUGCUCUGAAAAGUUUCCUGCACGGUACAUGCUGAAUGAACACAUAAAGGAUAAGCACGUGAAUGAUAAAACAGCCGAGUGUCAGCUGUGUUCCAAGAGAUUCACUAAUGAAAGAAAACUUCAGGAUCAUGUGCGGUAUAAACACCAAAAGGGAAAUGAAAUAGUAUGCGACAUAUGCUCCAAGGUACUAACGUCCAAGUCCAAUUAUGUUAGACACCAGCUUUCGCACUCGGGCACCAGAGUAGACUGUCCGUUAUGCGGAAAGUCCCUAAAGGAAGGCUGUUUGCAAGGCCAUCUGGAACGACACCGCCAGAAUGAAAUGGACAUCAAAUGUAAGUUCUGCGAUAAACGAUCGCCAACCGUACACGCAAUGAGACAGCACAUCCAGUCGGCGCACACGAAGCAGGAACGAAAGCACAAGUGUACGACUUGUGACAAAGCAUUUAUGCGAGCGUCUACUUUGAAGGCUCACAUGGCGACCCACUCGGGAGUGUUUCCGUUUCCUUGUGAGUUUUGUGACAAACGGUGCCGAACAGUAGCUAACUUGUACUGGCACCGGAGCGUGCAUCAUCCCGAACAGGCCAAAUGGCGAAAGUGGCCGACAUCUAAUGUUAAUGCUGACUAAUCUUAUUACAAAAUACAUUCUAUAUAUUCCAACAACAA